GAUUCGGUGUGCGAGUGCGUCAUGCGAGGCUUUGUGUGUUCAGUUUUAUGCGUCGUAAAAACGGAGGCCUGCACAACACCUCUUGGGUGCCUAGGUAGCAAUCGGUCGUAAUUUGCGUAUAUAGUUUGCAACCAUGAAACGUGAGAAGCUUAUCACAUGCUGAGCUACGUCUGCCAGGCCGGCUGGCAACGUUCAUGAAGCAAGCCAUCCUCGCAUAGUCCCUUCUACACAAAUGGCUGCUGAGCUGCCUGAGUUGUUGUGGCUGGUAGUAUGUGGAAGCAUGGCGGCCUUUGCGUUCGGCUGGGCAACAGGAGCGAACGAUGUCGCAAACGCGUUUGGCACAAGCGUUGGCGCCAAGACGCUGACGCUGCGGCAAGCAGUGCUGCUUGCCGCUGCGUUUGAGUUCACGGGGGCGCUGGUGCUGGGCCGAGUGUCCACAUCCACCAUUGCCGGUGGCAUUGCAUCCAUAGAUUUCUUCCUUCGGGACCCAGAGAUUUACGCAUACGGCAUGGUCUGCGCACUGGCGGUGGGGUUUGUGUGGCAGGGCCUUGCAAGCUACUGGGAGAUGAACGUGUCCGCCACCCACGCCAUCAUCGGCGCCAUCAUGGGCUUCAGCCUGGUGUACGGCGGCCGCGCCGCAGUCAACUGGGCCUCGCCCGACCCCACCUCCUUCCCGCCCUACAACGGCGUCGUGCCCAUCAUCGCUUCCUGGUUCGUGUCCCCGGUGUUGACGGGCGCCGCCUCCGCCGGCCUGUUCGCGCUGCUGCGGCGGGCGGUGCUGCGGCGUCAUGACGCCGCGGCGUGGGCGCUGUGGCUCCUGCCGCCGCUGGUGCUGUUCACCACCUGGAUCAACAUGUACUUUGUGUUCACCAAAGGCGCGCGCAAGAUGCUAGCGGAGCACCACGCCUCCGCCGGCGGCGGCAAGGACUGGUCUGACGCCACGUCGCUCUGGGUGUCGGGCGUCAUCUCCGUGGCCGCCGCCGCCAUCUGCGCGCUGGCGGCGGUGCCACUGCUGCGCCGCCGCGCCGCCAGCCACUUCGCGCCGGGCGGCGGCGGCAUCAGCCGGGACUCAAGUCGCAGCGCGCUGCUGGACGGGGGCGCGGCCGCAUUCAUUCCGCUGACGGCGCUGGACGCGCCAGGCGGGGGGCCGGGCGGCGCCGCCGAGACCGGGACCUCCUCCGCCAACCACUUCCACGUCUCCACACACCUGCGUAAGGUCGGCGCUGCGGCGCGCGGCGGCGACAACGACGGCAGCGUGGGCGGCGAGCUGGGCGGCGGGGCCGGCGGAGCCGGGGGCGGCGGCGGCGGCGGCGGCGGCCCGGGGGACGACCUCACGCCGCACGGCGCCGACCCACAUCGCGGGCACGUGUAUAACUACCACCAUCCGAGUCAGCACGGCUCCGUACAGCGCAGUAACCGCGGCAGCCGUACGACCGUGGGUGCGGCCGGUGUGGGCAGCGGCGUGGCGGGGAUCGGGGGGCAGCAGAAGGAGGGCCACGGCCCGGAGUAUCUUGGCGGCAGCGGCGGCGCCACGCCUAUCCAAGUGCACGUGCACGCGUACACCGCGUUGGCGGAGGGGGUGGAGGGCGGGCCGGCCUGUGUGUCGGCGGCGGAGGCGGCGCGGCGCGGCAGCGGCGGCAGCGGCGCGGGCGCGAUGGUGGCGGCAGCGGCGGCGCCGUUGUUGGGGGCGGACGGCAAGCGCAGCCGCGUUGCUGCAUGGGCGGAGCGGAUCCGCAAGGCCGCCAUGUACGGCAUGGAGGUGGACAUCCACCAGGUUGUGGAGGAGGACCCGCUGGUGGCCGCCAUACACGCGGGGGCGGAGGAGUUCGACGCGCGGGCCGAGUACGUGUUCAGCUACCUGCAGGUGUUCUCGGCCAUAUGCGUCAUUUUCGCGCACGGGGCUGGGGAGGUGGGCUACAUGGCGGGCCCGCUGGCCACUGUGUAUGCGGUGUACGCCACCGGCACACUGCCGCUCAAGGUGGCGGCGCCGGUGUGGUGCGUGCUGGUGUCCGCAUUCGGGCUGGUCACCGGCCUGGCCACUUACGGCUACCAGGUGACACGCGCCAUGGGCACGCGUAUGGCCAAGCUGACCCCCAGCCGCGGCUUCUGUGCGGAACUGGCCACGGCGCUGGUGAUCCUGGUGGCCAGCCAGUACGGCCUGCCCACCAGCAGCAGCCAGUGCAUCACAGGCGGCAUUGUGGGUGUGGGCCUGCUGGAGGGCCUUGGCGGCGUCAACUGGGGCUUCUUCGGCAAGACCUUCGCCAGCUGGGUGUCCACACUGCUCAUAUGCGCGGGGGCCACCGCGGCACUGUUCGCGCAGGGCGUGCACGCCCCCUCCAUCUCCCACACCCGGCACCUGGCGGUGUACGAGGACCGGGUGCUGGGCCUGGGCAACUCGCUGUUCCGCGAAAUCAAUGACACGCUGCACAGGUUCCCUCCCGGCGGCUCCUCCGCCAACCCGCACCUGACGCGCCUGCCCGCCGGCACCGUGGAGCUGCUGGACACAGCCAUCCGGCAGCACGUGGACAUAGCCCAGAGGUACCGGCAGUACCGCAGCCAGGGCACUGUGGCUCCGGACGUGGUGAUGGCGUACCUGGAGAAGGCGCUGGCGCUGCUGCAGAGCCAGAGCAUCGUGACGCUGGGACAGCAGACGGUGUAUCCUGGCGCGGCGCUGUGCAACGAUGGCUCCUUUGACCCCGGCCACCCCGCCACCGGCCGACAGCCCUGCGCCACGCCCGCGCUUCUUCGCACCGCGCCCUACCCAGUCAACAUGACCACCUUCCCCUGAUGAUGAUGACCUGUGGAGUGGGGUCAGGCGCGCGGUAUUUUGGCAGGGCGAACGGUUUUGUGAGCAAGCACGGUUGCGGGGGUAUGCGCAUACCUGGACGUUAGGACAUGGCGCCUGGUGCCCGGAUGCACCGAACACGUGGUUAAAUGCCAGGGUGGUUGCUGUGGUAGGCCCCAGCAAGGCCCGGCAUCGCGCGCGGGGGUUGCAACGUGUCGUGUACCGUACGUAUGAGAAAGUUUAAUGGAGAUGGAGGGUUCAGCGUGACAUUGGCAGGAGCGGGCGAAGCACCGACCCAAGAGUAGUCGCCGAGCUAGCCUCGUUGCGGCACGUUGGGGGUGGCAAUGACAUCGACGGGAUGUUGUGUCAAGCACAUCUCGGGUGCGCAUACGUGUGUGCAUAAUGAAGUGCCGGGCGGGUGCGGCGUUUGCGGCCCCGACGGUCAUGUAAAGGAGAGGGAAGGAGUUUCGGGAACUAUCAUGCAGGCUGGUGGUUUGUUGGGUAUUACCGCCGCGGCCGAGGGGCAUGGUGCGAACGAACUUCCUUACUUCCUGGUUCCGGAUGGAUUGGUUGUGCCCACACACAAUGCAAAUAU